UACUGACCAGUCACUACUUAGUUCAUAAGAAUAUUUUUCUAGAAAAUCUCGAUCCGACGUUCGCGUUAUUUGCCCAAAUUUAGGUAAAAUAUUUGAAGUUGUUACGUUUCAAUUUUGAAAUUGCGAAGCUCUAUUGUGAGUUUUGAAUCAUGCCAAAAGAAAGCGUUUAGUCCUUCUAAAUGCUUUCAUUAAGAUAACGACGCUUUUUUGUUUCCUUUGUUUGCACGAGUAAACUGUUUAUAUCUUUCGGGAGGAAGGUCAGGCAAUAAUAUUUUAUUUUCAUCAAGUACAAGAUUUCUAACCAAUGAGUAAACGUGUUGUAUGGUGGUCACAUCAGGUUUGGCUUACCAUAUCAAAACAGCCAAUUAAAAGUCGUGUUGUAUUCUGCCAGCUUCUCUGAAUAUGCUAGUUGCAAGGGAUUUCUGCGAAAUAUAAUUGUGUACAGCUAGUAUCAGAUGUUUCUUGAUGAGAGAGGGUAAAGUGAUGCAACCUACGAUUUUUAUCAGCCUGCAGAUAGAUUCUGACUUAAAUUCAAUGCUAUGAACUCUGCCAUUUACGCGUGAUUUUUCAUAAGACACCGCCAAGUUACUUAUCGCAGUGGACGCCUCGAGUUGGUGAACAGCUUGUGGCAGUUAAUCGGCUACAUCGUUUUAGUCCACGGAUAAUUUUAUGGGCUUCGCAUGCUUUGGAGGACUUAACGCUUCAUUGAUCCUUUUUUCAUGAUCUGUAUCCUGAUAUUAAAACUUAGAUGCGUCGAGUACUCGUAUACAAUAGACAAACACAACAUGAUCGUGAGUGCUCAGCGGAGCGUGAGUGUUUAGAUGCUGCCGGUGUAUGAUCUGUUUGUGAAAACAAGCUGAAUUGAAAAUCUGUGGUCGUACCGUUGGAAGUCAUCGGAAAAAUCAGUGUAUUUCUGAAUUCCUGCAUGAAUUUUGACUGCAGAAAAGGUAUUUAUACAGGAAGCAACCUUGGUGAAAGUUAACUUUCUUUGAACGCCGAAGCUCCAGAGCUGGGCCGAUUGAAGCGAUUGUGCAUAUAAGGAAUACCUGUCAAAGCCUCCUUUUGAGAAAAGAUUUACUUCAAGUGUCUUAAUUCCCAUUAAAAAGCCUCAAAUUGAAAGGUCACAAAAGCUUAAGUAUGCUACAAAAUGGAAGAGUGAGGGUCACUUGGUUAAUAACUCUUUUGUUAAGGAAGUAAGCAAAAACAUGUCGUACAGAUAUAAGGAUUCACAAUCUCAACCAUCUUCUUUACCAAGAAGAUAUUUUUCACUUCCAAAGAAUUAUUCUUCAGUUGGUACUGACAAUGGUAAAGAUUCAUCACACUCUAAAAGGUAUAGGUCUAUUUCUUCGUCAUCUGCAACUUCGUCUGUGACACCUUAUGCUCAGUCUUCAAGAUAUGGAAGUUUACGAACCUAUGGUGCUUCCACAAACAGUUCUACAUCUGAGGAUAUUAAAAAACCGACUUCCCGUCGGGCCUCAGGCAGCUCUGUGACCUCUAGAUCUGUUGGGAUUAGUAGCAUUCCCCGCAAAAGUUCUUACAGUGGUACCUUGUCUUCUUCGGUAUCCUCAAGUACACGUGAUACAACACCAUCAUACUCAUCUAGACAUGUGUCAAGUAUUCCGCAUAGGACUUCUGGAAGUUCAUCUGGAAGUUCAUCAAUAAGUGCAGACUCCAACUGGAUGCCAGGAGGAGCUCCUGUAAGGCAGCGCUCUAGUACCACACUGCGCGAGACCCAGCCCACUUGGGGCCCUGAUGGUCCUCCAGUUAGACAGUAUUCUAGCAGCUCAUUGCGAGAUUCUCCAUUUACUUUGCCGCCAAGGAGAUCAUAUUCCUCCUCAAAAGGAUGUAGUGAUAAUGAGACAAGGACAUCAUCAAGCAGAAAAUCAGGUCCUGUUGAAAUACUAUCGACAGACCCUACGUCAGCAUCAAAUGUUGAGUUCAAAGGAAAUAAUGAUAGUGAAGAAAUUGAAAGAACAUCAUACUGUAGAAAAAUUAGUCCCACAGAACCAACAUCAACAAGGCGCACUUCUGCUCCUUCUGUUCAGUAUGCAGGAAGUAUUGAGAUUAAGUCUGACAAACCAUCAUCACCCACAUCACCUUUAUCACCCGCAUUACCAAAAUCACCCACAUCACCUACAGUUUCUUAUUCUGGUAGUAUUGCGCAUAAAGAUAUGCUACGCUCAAAGAGUGAAGCUAGCACAACAAACAGCUCAUGCCUAGAAGGUGCCAGUGGUGAUAGUCAUGCUGCUUCCAGAGAUAGUAAUGAUGAUGAUGAGGUUGAAUCCUCCGCUGCAAGAGACAUUUCACUUUUAAGUAGAGAAAUUGCAAGCGUUUAUGAAGGUUCUCUCACUCGGAGUGACUCAAGGAAAGUCAAAGGAAAUAAUGUAUCACAAAUCAAGAGUUCAACAGAAAGUAAAAAGUCAAGGAAAAAUUCAAAACAGGAAAUACAGAAUGACAUGCCACAAUCCAAUGAGAAGAAAAUAACUGCGAGUGGGAAAUCAUCUCGAGAGCAAAGUCCUGGAUCAGAUACAGGACUUAAGUUUAAGAAAAGUCAUAAACGAAGUGCAAGUACUGGGUCUACUUCAGUCAAAGAUGACAAAAAAAGUAAACCUGUGAGAAAAAUUUCUGGAAUCUUUUCUCGGAAAAAGUCACGGGAAUCAACUGAUUCCGAAGAUGAUGAGGAGAGGUUACAGAGCAAAGGCUCAGGGCUUUUCUCCCGAAAAGGUUCAAAAGAUUCAGAGAAGGAUUUUUCCUCACCAUCACCUCCAUUAUCCCCUAAGACAUCUCCGAAGCGAAAGAUUUCUGGUCCUGGUAGAUUGUUUUCUUUCUCUAGUGACUCAAAGACAACUCCUGAAAUGCCACGGAAGUUUUCUGUUCCAGGAAAAUAUUUUGCAAGUAAGGAAAGCAAAUCUGGUGGGGAAUCAAGUGAUUUGGAUUCUGAAGGUCCAAGACCUUCUCGACCUCCUGUGAAAAGGAGAGUCUCUAUGCCAGGAAUGUUAUCUUUAACAAGAAGCUCUAGCACAGAAAGAUCAUCUGGUGGUGGCUGCCAUCCCAGCCCUGAUCCUACAGCUGAUCCUGCUCUUCUUCAACGACAGAGAAGUAGUUUUAAGAAAGCACAGUCUUUUGAUGCACAGAGUGAUAAGGCAAAGCACUCCAUGUUGAGUAAGUUAAGGUUUUGGGAUCAUAACAAGAAGGAUAAGUCACCCGAUUCAAGAAACUCCACAUCACCAGAGGAGGGAAGAUCGCGAUCUGUUUCUCCUUCUGUGGAACCAACACGUAGGAUUUCUUUGGAAGAGAGGUUAGAAAAUACAACUUCUCAAUCAAGGAGGAGUAGAGAGAGAACUACCAAGAAAAAAUCCUCCCAAGAAAAAACACUUGCUGAUGCAGUAGCACCUUUAGAAUCAAAUACAAGGCAGGCUUUAUUAGGUCAUGAUAAAUCACAGGUUUCUCCUAAGGUGACAAACUCAGGUCUAGUGGCAAAUGAUGUCGCAAAGAGUAUUGGUAAAGAGCCUAAAGUACAGUAUGUUGGUCCUGUUGAACCCUCCACAACAUCAGAGCUACGGGCAAGGAAAAGAGCACAAUACAGAGUGAAUUCAGGGGAGAAACAAACAGAAAGCAAGGUAAAGGCUUCAGGUAAUCCAGCACAAGCUGAAGAGUCAAUAAAAUCUACUGGUAAGAAAGCUGAAAUUGCAUCGUCAGAUGCCACUGAUGAUGCAUCAAGAGACACUGUGUCCAAGUUACGAGAGAGGAGAAGGCGGAGACGUGAAGAAAGGGAACGCUUCUUUGCAGGUUUGGAGCCAUCUAAAAACUCAACCAACAGACCUGCUGAAACGACUCAAAAGGAUCCCGUUCCAGUUGAACCAGCUGUUAAAGACGUUAAUCAUGAUGAAGUUGAUGGAAGAACAAUUUCUUCAAGCAACAAGCCAGAAGAUAAAAGUGGAAGGAUAACUAUUGAAAGAAGGAGUGACCAUCAAAAUGGGCAAAUUCAGAAAAAGUCAAACCUCAGAAAUGGGAAACCUCGCAAUCAAACUAUUGCAUCUGUGGUGCACAAAGAUAUUAUUGCUGAUUUGAUCAGAGAGAAGGGCCUUAAGACAACUACAAAUGCUGAAGUCAAAAUCCCCUCUGUGGCUGAACUCAGAGCAAAGUUCUUGAUAUCCAAGGAUGAUGCAAAGGUUAUUCCUCCGAGGCCAAUUCUAAAACUUGAUGAUCGACCUCACAGUAUCUGUGGGGAGAUUUUGUCACCAACUGAAAUGAAAAAGUUUGAAGACAUGACUUUCUCCCUUGCUAGGAAAGUUUCUUCAGAGGCUGACAACUUAAAUAGGAAAUUAUCUAAUGGUGGUAAUGGCUCUUUAACGCAGAUUGAUGCUCAGUGGAAAACACUUUCAGGUGCAAAUGAAGAGAAAAGUCCACCUUCUUCUCCCAGAGUCAACAGUAAGAUGAAAAAAGAAAAAAAAGUUAAGAAUACUGUGAAAGAAAAUGAACAAGUGGGAGAGGAGCCUGGAAGCCCUGAGAGUGGUAGUCAUAAGAAGAAAAAAGGAAGCAAGAAGAAGAAGAAGAAAUUGAUAUUUGGAAGUGAAAAGGAAAAGGGAAAAGAAAGUGAUAAAGACCAGGAAGUUAAACCACCAGAGGAGGACACUGAUUUGCCACAACAUGGAGCUGUAUCUGCGGCAAUAAAAGCCAUGUUUUCACGAAAGCCUUACACCUCAGAGAAGAUUAAGAUAUCGCGGAAGCAGCGAGCCAAGACAGUGCCUAUUAACCAAACAGAGAAUAGAGAUAUUGGGCAAUCUGAAAUGGAAUCGAGGGAAAGGAAGAAGUCGGCCCCAGCAUCAACAGAUGUACAGAACUCUCUAGAUAUGAAUACAAAGCCUGUAAAAAUUGAGAAGAAAGUUGAAAAGGGUGAGAAAAUUGAGAGGAAAGAGGUGAUGGAAGAUCUUGAAAAGAAAAUGGAAGAUGUAGAUGAGAAAGAAAAAGCAGGGAAGGAUGUAGAGCUGCAGCCAACUGAGGAUCUUGAGGAGGCACCAGUAAAGGAAAGAAAGUCCCUCAAAAAACGUAAGUUCCUUUUACAUGCUUAUUUUUUAUUGAAGUAACUUUGGAUUAAAUCCUUCUGGUUU